AUGGCGCCGCCGCCGUAUCCGCUGGAGAAAAUCUCCGUCGUCGUGGACAAGAACAAGUUCAUCGCGACGAGGAACGCCCUCACCAACGCAUUCGUUGGCCUUAGCGGUGCCAUCGACACCGCCGUCAAGGCCUAUGUCGCACACACAAAUGCCGUGCUCGAGGAGGGCAGCUCGCUCGACGUGGGCUAUCUCAUGCAGCCGCUCAUGAACCUGAACAACGUCGCCCAGAUCGCCCAGCAAGCAAUCCUGCAGAACGGAAAUGCCACGCCGAACCCACAGCUCAAUCCGGAUGGCACGAAGAAGAAGCGUCAGUACAAGCCUCGCGAUCCGAAUGCGCCGAAGCGUCCCUUGACGGCCUACUUCCGCUUCCUGCAAGAGCAGAGACCAAAGAUCUCGGCGGAGAUCAAUGCACGAGGCCCCACCGCUGAGGGCGGAAAGGCAGGCGAUAUCUCCAAGCUUGCAACUGAGCGAUGGAAUGCCAUGACUCCACAGCUUCAGGCUCCGUACCGUGCGGCAUACCAGAACGAGAUGAAGGCCUACAACGAUGCCGUCAAGGUGUACAAGGCGGCCGGUGGUCAGGUCGAAGACGAAGACGCUGCCGCCGAAGAUGACGAUGAGAUCACUGCCCCUCCACCACAGACAGUCGUGGCUGCUGCUGAUCCAGAGGAGGAGGAGGAGGAGGACGACGACGACGACGACGACAGCUCGGACGAUGAUUCAAGCGAGGAUGAUGAGGACGAGGAAGAGGUUCCAGCCAAGCCAGCACCUGUGGUCAAGCCCAAGGCUGAGCCUGCUACUCCAGCCGCCGCGAAGAAGACUGCCAAGAGCGGACCGAAGAAGAUCAAAGCAGGCGCUGAUCCAGUUGAACCUGAGCCUACUCCAGCCUCUGCUCCAGCGAAGAAGCGCAAAGAACCCGCGACCGCGAGCGAGGACCAGGGUGGAAAGAAGAAGCGUGGCCGUCCAAACAAGGCAGAUCAAGCUGCCGCUCCCGAACCCGUCGAAGAGACUCCUCAGGCUGAAUCCACUCCUGCGACCGACAAGAAGAAAGACAAGAAGAAGAAGCGAAAGUCGGAAGGCGCGUAA